AUGACGCUAAAACCAACAUCAAGGCGAAUCCACGCCUCCCCACUCACAUUCACAUAUCUAAUCCUCAUCACACUACAAUUAUUCCCCCCAACAUACGGAUACUGGGACAGCUUUGCCUUCGGAAACGGAAAAUGGUUUGAACGUGCUCGAGAUAACAUCGGAAACCUACAACGGAACGCAACAACAGACAUCUAUGACUGUCAUAAAAUAAGCACUCGUAACGCUGACGAUCCACCAUUGGAUGGUGCGAUUGUUUGGAACCGCCCCAACGAGCCCGCUAUACUCGGGCUAGCACUCUAUGCGGAUAGCACUUGUGGGAAAUCCAUCUAUGCGCUGAACAAGGGGAGACCAUUGGCGAUUAUGAUUCUGGAUAAGAAACGACUGAGGGGGUUACAUAUUGCCAAUUUCAGGAAUUUGGAUGGCAUGAAACCACCGGCGUUGAUAAGAGAGAGGAGAACUGAAACGGCACAGGCGAUCAGGGUGUCGGAUGAAAUCAAAAGCACUAGAUUCCUUCGAGAUAUCCCACCGGAGGAACUUCCGAACUCGAUAGUCUGGUGGGAUAAGUUUGAAAAAAGACAUGUCCUCAACGACGCUGUAAGCUGGGCGAACGCGGUACUUUACGAAUCGCUUAGGGAUAAAAAAUUGACUUAUAGAUUCCUCAGAGAGGUUGUCGAAAGGGCUGUCAAUGGAAAGGCUUCUAUGGCAACUGGGAAUUCGGAGGCUCUGAUGGCGAGUAUUAAUAGAGAUGCGGGUCUUGGUCAUAACAAUUGGCAGCUUUUUUUGCCUCCUCCGGAUCCCACGCUUGGUUUGACACUCGCAGGUGAGACGGACGAUGAUUAUGGACUCCAUAUUCAGGAGUUUGGUGAUUUUGAUAGUAAGUUGGGGCCGGCAUUAACUACAGCCGCUGGCGGACGUCUGAGUUUGGUACCCAUCCCUCCUGUUACAACAGGUCGCCAACCUCGGGUUCAAAGCUUCGGUAUUCAAAUGGCACAGCCUGAACCCCAGCUUCAACAAGUGGCGCCUGUAUCUCAACUUCAACAAGGUCAAGAAGCACCCGUAUCUCAACUUGAAAGUAUAGCUCUGGAAAACCCUAGUCUACAAAACAACCCCAGUACCGGCAGCGCAGAUUCACUAUUCAGCGAAGAGAGGGCAGAUAUCCCAGAAGACCUACGACUAGCAUUACAACAAAUCGAGCGACAAGUAGAAGCUCACGAUCCAACUACCAUAAUCGCAAGAUUAGACAUCCCGGCAGAUAAACUAACUGCAGCGUUUAACGCAGCAUCAGACAAAAAGGCAUGGCUGGACAAAAUAGAAGACAGGGAAAGAAUGAACAUGCGUGUUCUACUCCUGAUAGCGGACUGGUAUGGAGAAUAUGAAGAGAAACGACGAGGUUUACAGCCAGGGACUCUUACCACACAGGGCUCUUGGACGAAUUUGGAUAUAAAUACUUCAGAGCUUUACCCGGAGCUACGAAAAGUGUUUGAUAGAGCUCCGGAUAAGAUGCUGUGGUAUUCACUUAUGGAGUCCCGCCAGAAAUGGAAUAUGCGCGCGUUAAGAUUCGCGAAGGAUCUUUAUCAAGAUUGGCUUCGCCUUCAACCGAUGGAAUCUGAAGACCAGUCAAUGAGGGCUCAUCAGGGGAGUACUAGCUCUGAAGAGGGUGACAGGGAUGAUACGUUUGAAGAGAACGCCCAAGAGACGCAAAAUGAAGUUACAUCUAUUCUGGAGCAAAACGAUAAUGGUAUUAUUCUCCAACAGGUUCAACAGAAUGCAGUACCCGAGGAUACUAUAAUUCAGAUUGAACCAAAUGUGGAUGCAAUAGCUGAAGUUGAUAAUCCAAUCAACCUUAUCGACCCUAUCACUGACAGUUUUUUUGCCGCCCCCGACUCUCCAACCUUCGUUACAUCAGACGAAGUUAAUUUGGAAAAUCCAGCUUCCUCAAAUCCCGAGCGUGAUCUCAAUCCUAGGCCUGAGGCUAUAGAAUUGGAGAACGAACCCCAACAACGGUCUUCCGACAUCCCUAUUACGAUCACUGAGCAACAAAACCAACCAAACCCACGAGGCGUCCUUCGUCUUCAAAAAGAGGGAUUAGAUCCAAAUAAUCCCUACAUGAUAGACGAUUUAUUUAAAUAUUUCGACCCUGAGAGCGAUGCCUUCAAGGACAUUUUGAACUUCAACCCACGGUUGGUUCAGGAAAUCACCAAGAACCCCGGAAAGGUGCUUGGAAUCCCAAAUUUCGGGAUGAGGCACUACGUCCCACGAGUACCGGAUUUUAAUAUCGAUCUUGAAGAUUCAGCCUUGUUUGAUACACCUUCGGGGACGAUCAGUGAAAGUGACAUAUAUGAAGAGGAACUGAGCCCAGAAGAGCUACGAGAAAAGAUAGCAGAAGAAACAGCAGCAGAAGCAGCAGCACUAGAAGCAGAAGGGGAAAGGUUGGAAGGGGGACCGCUAGGAAGUGAAUCAGGAGAGAUAACAAGAGAGGAAGUCGUAGAAUCAGAAGUACCAGAAAGGAGAAGAGGAGGAGGAGCUAUCGAAGAAGAAAUCCUAGAAUCCAAGGGAAAUGUAGAACCCGAGCCCGAAGAAGUUACAUUCGAAGAACAAAUACAAUCUCUCGAACCGCUUCUCGGCGGCCGUCCCGCAAGUGAAGUCAUGGAAGAGAUAGAGGACGAACUAGAAAAUAUACCACCCGAGGAACAAUCACGACGAAGCACCCGCUACAACGGAGUUCGACCUCCGCCAAGGAUCCGCCAGGAUUGGGAUUUGGAACCAACUUUUAAGCCAAGAUGGACAGCUAACCAAGCGAGAAGGAAUAGGAGAAGGAGAUCUAGACUUACGAAUAUGGCAGAUAUGGUCGAAGAUGUUCCGGCUGUCCAACAAACAACUAACCACGAACAAGAACCACCUGUACGAAAAGUUGAAUUUUGGGAUAGGCCUUUAGAAGAUCGACGGAAUCGGAAUUCAUUAAUUAAAACUCGUGGAUCAAACCGAGACAACGACUAG